CUAUCGACGGUCAGAGCUUGGGACUCCGCAAACUCGAACACGUCUUACAUGGACGACUAUGAGAACUCGUGGUCACCUUGGUCCGAUUGGUCUUCGUGUUCGAGAACGUGCGAUGGCGGAGCCACUUAUCAACUACGAAGGUGCAAUGCAGUGGUCGGCUGUAAAGGUCACCACGUCAGAUACAAAAUCUGCAACAUGGAGCCGUGCCCCGACGGUUUGGAUUUCCGAGCGGUGCAGUGUUCGGCAUACAACGACCAGCCAUACGACGGCGAGACCGUGGAAUGGCACCCUUACUACGACGAGGAGAGCCCUUGCACGCUAAUGUGCGUCGACUCCAAAGGCCGAGUGGAAGAAAUGGCCCCGAGGGUGCGAGAUGGCACCAGGUGCAGGCUGGGCUCGUUGGACAUGUGCAUCGACGGCGUGUGUCAGAGGGUCGGCUGCAAUUUAGAAAUCGGAUCAAAAGCCAGCGUGGACGAGUGUGGAGUCUGCGGCGGAGAUGGUACCUCGUGUUCCAAGGACCUACACCACUGGGGCAAAAUAGGCACUGGCUGUUCGGUGUCUUGCGGCGGAGGGUACGAAAUGUCUAGAAUAAUCUGUCAGAACCGAGACACGGGCGUUGAAGUGGAUGCUGAUCUGUGCCCGGGCGAGAGGCCAACCGGCAGCGAUUUAUCUGUGGAGUGUAACAGCCAACCGUGUCCUCCCAAGUGGGUUGCUGACGACAACUGGAGUCCCUGUAGCAAAACAUGUGGAGGUGGAAUAAGGGUACGACACGUUUAUUGUGUGGAAGAAACAAAUGGCACUAGAACAAAGGUAUGGCAUCACAUGUGUCAUGGGCACAAACCUAAAAUUCAAGAACAGUGCAACAUCCAACCGUGUUAUUCCGACUGGUCAACAGGCGAAUGGUCCAAAUGUUCGGCGACUUGUGGCGAGGGAAUGCAGAUCAGGAACAUUACUUGCAAAUCUAAACAAAAGUAUCUGACUUGUGACCCGAUGACCGAGCCCAGGAGGACCAAGACUUGUUCAGCGAGCUUGCCAUGUUACCACGAAAAUUUCGACGCAGACUCGGAUUUCCAAGUGUCGUCCAAAUCGAGUUUUUCACAAGCCCACGCUCAGCGAUUGAUCGGCCAACAAAAAACUUCUCCACACACACUGUUCGUUUCCGACAAUUGGAGCCCAUGCAGCGUCACGUGCGGCGAUGGUAUCAGGACGAGAAAAGUGUACUGCAAAGCUCAUUUAGAUUACACUCAGAUCAUGACGAAGUUAACAGACGAUGCGUGCGUCGGUCCCAAACCACCGGAGGUGGAAAAAUGCUUCUCGGUGCCCUGCUCGUUGAACAAAAUAUUUGAUCAAAAUGAGAGGUCCAUCAGGGAUGGAUACGCAGACGCCAGCUCCGAUGAUUUCAAUCCACCGAAAGUCGCCCCCGGUUCGUUUGGUAAAACAUACUCUUGGAAAAGAGAAGGCUUUACGCAUUGCAGUGCUUCUUGUCUUGGAGGAGUACAAGAAUCGUUGGUAUUGUGCGAACGUGAAGAGGACAAGAAAAUCGUCUCCCCUUACUUAUGUUCCCGAAACGAUCAGCCCGAAGUACUGACGCAGACUUGCAACGACCAACCCUGCCCACCCCGGUGGAAUGUUAGCGACUUCCAGCCGUGUUCGCAGAGCUGUGGCAUCGGGCUUCAGAUGCGUGAGGUCAACUGCAUACACGAGGUGACCGAAGGAAACACAGCUACAGUGCCGAACAACAUGUGUCCACAGCCCCCGCCCACGGAUCGGAAGCAGUGCAACAUGAUCGACUGCCCCACGGAAUGGCGGACUUCCGAAUGGUCGAAAUGUAGUAAAAAGUGUAACGGUGGCGUCAAAACCAGAGUGGUGGAGUGUGUGCAGAGGAUUGCCCACGGGCACAUCAUAAACCGACCGGACACAGAUUGCGGCACCGACAAGCCACUCGAUAGCAGGCUCUGCAACCCGAACGCUUGCAGUACGCAGGAAGCAGUCAUGGUGUCAGAUGUAGCCCAGAAAUACGAACAAGCCACCACCGAGGAGGACGUCAUGCUCAAAGUCGGCGGGGAGGCGACGGUGUACCGAGGGGUGGAAAUGAAGAUGCGGUGCCCAGUCAGCAAGAGAGGGAAAAUACAGUGGUCAAAAGACGGCCAGUUAUUGCAAAAUGGCAAGAAGGUUCGGAUAUCGAAAAAAGGCAUACUCAAGAUCCGGGCCACCACAUACUCGGACCGCGGGACCUAUACUUGUAAAACCGGUAACGCGCAAGCCACAAUGAACAUUAACAUCAAACCCCAGCCAGGAGAGUUUCCGAGUUCCGAAGAAAUCGACAAGCCUUUGAACCAACAAGACCCAGGCAUGAACCCUUCAUACGCGAAUCCGCAAGGGAUAGAACCAUCAUUUGACAUCAGCCACGAACGCAUCAAAGGCGAACACAAUCGCGAACAGAAACACAAACAGUCACGACAGAAAACUACCACCAUUCAGUCAACCGUAACGAGCACGGCGACUUCCGAAAAGCACGUAGUGGAAACAGAGAAAAAUGCUAUAGACGUCUCCCCAAAACCCACCACUUCCGGAAGUUCACGAAACUUGCCUCACCUUCACAGUCUUCUUUUUAACCUCAAGGCUCUGUGGCCGUUUCAGGGUGUGAGCAACGCACGGGUGAAUAGAAUGUUUAUGGAGGAACCGGCGAACCCAGCGCCAGAAAUCGAAACCACCACCGAGGAGGACAUGUUCGGCAAACCCGUUUUGCUCGGCAAAGGUGACCGGAAGAGCGUGAAAUUCGAAUGGGUCAUCACCGAGUGGUCGGACUGCUCUCCGCCUUGUGGAGGAAACGGUUUUCAGAUGAGGGCAGCUCACUGCAUGGUCAAACUAAACAAUAUGACACAAAGCGUGGACAACAACUUGUGCGAGGACGCCCGGUUGCCGACGCCCGUCACCAUACAAAAGUGCGAGACGGAUGAUUGUCCGCAGUGGUCGGUGACCGAAUGGAAACCGUGUGAGGAGUCCAAGUGUUUCACCUGGAAUACUGCGAUGCAGAGGCGAAACGUGUACUGUCAGAAUUCGGAUGGAGCCACUAUAUCGGACGAGGCGUGCCACGGGAUCGAAAAGCCGGUGAACCGGAAGGAAUGCUACAACGAUCAGUGCAAAGGCACUUGGAAAGUGGGCGAGUGGUCCGAGUGUACGGCGUCAUGCGAAAAAGACGGGCUGAGGUACCGAAUAUUGCAGUGCGUCUGGUACGGCACCAACAAGCCGGCCGGCACCGCCUGCCGCGACCAGCCAAGGCCACCGGUGAUGAAGACUUGCACCGGACCGCAGUGCGCAACAAAAGAUGAAUGCAAGGAUCACAGCAAACACAAUUGCAAGAACGUAAAACAAAUGAACAUGUGUCACUUGCGUCAAUACCAAACACAAUGUUGUCUUUCGUGCGCAUAAAAACAUCACCACUGUAACUUUAUUUUUCUAUUUAAAAUUUUUUUUCCACGUUCUAACGUGUUAAUACAUGUUUUUAGCAUUCAUUCCGUUGUACAUAAUUAUUAUAUACGAUGAGUUACAAAUAAGUAUUAAGUGUGACGCACGUCUUGUUAAACUAAUAUUUAUAUUGUUAAGUAGGUGAAAUAUUAUUUUAAUCUGAUUUUGAAUGUGUGUCGUUGAUUACGUAUGAUAUUUUGUACACUAUAGUAUAUACUAUUAUAGUAUUAUACUAUUCCUAGCGUUCUAUUUUUUUAUUGUUCUGUUUUCGAAUAGUCGCUAAGUAGAUAGGUACUACAUAAGCGGAAAUCGGCUACUCAUUUUUUAUUUAUUUAUUUUUUUUUUGGGAGAGGGAAGGGGAUUCUAACAACUUAAAAACUACCUAUAUUAAAAUGUCGUAUUAUAGUUAAUGUUACAGAAUUAUUAAAUCUUUUUUUUUUGUUUAACAGCCAACGGGUAGGUUUUCAAAAAUUAAAAAAAUUAAAAAAUUGUUUUGCAUUUAAAACUUAAUUACAUUUUCAAUUUAAAUACCUAAGAUUUGAAAAUGUGAUACAAUGUUCUCCAUAGUUGUUCAUAUACAUACAUUUAAAAAUAGGUAUUGAAAAAAAGUGUGCAGAAAGUUCAAUUUCAUCGAUUCCUUUGCCCAGUGCACCGAGUGCUCACUGCUCAAUGUAUUAAAUAUACAAACCAACGUAUAUCUACACACAGCCAACGUACAUCUAUAUGCAGCAGAAGCAAUAAGCUCCCUGGUUUUUAUAAUUUAAUUUUAAAAUUAAUGACAUUUGGUUAUCAUUCAUGCGCAAGAAAAUUAACGAACAAAAACUUUUUUUAAGUCAAUAUUUUUACCACUAAGAAAAUAUUCUAUACAUGACACAGUACUUUUGAAUGAAAAUUUUGGACAGUAUUCAUAAAUAUUACAAUUAUUAUUUUGUUAUUAGUGGGGCUAAGUCCCAAGCACCCUUUGAUUUCCGUUAAUGUUUAAGUAUCAAUCUCACGACACAAACGAUGAUGGUUAAGUAGACACUGUUGGGUGUUAAUCCUGAGUUAAAAACUUAAGCAAUUGAUUAAUGUUUACUUCAGUAAAAUACUUAAUGCAUCAUUAUGACAUUAUUUAUAAUAAUAUUCAAUUUAAACGGGCAUUACAGAUCGUUCUCGGUAGUUUUGUCGACCGCGAGUUCCGAUCAGUCUUAUCACCGCAAAUAAAGUAUUAGGUAUUUAAUAUUAUGUUAUGUUAUUAUAAUAUAUUUGUAUUUUCUUUGUAAUUUAAGUUUAGAAUUAUAAAAAUUACGCACUAAUGAAACGACUGAAAAAAAAAAGAAUCGGGGAUACUCUACAGUAUUGUUUUAUGUACAAUGAUUUAGCUACGAUUUAAAUGUAAUCUAUAAUAUACGAGUAAGUUGUUUAUUAAAAAACCCUAUUAAAUAUAAAUACUAAUUAUUAUUCAUACGAAACGUCCCAAAUAGUAUUAUACAUUCCAUUGUACAUUUGUACUUCAAUUUGAUGCCACUAUGACAGUUUAGUUACAUUCGUCGACUGUAGGACGUCUUGACUUGUCCUAGGUCCCUCGUUUGUUCAAAUAGCCUCUUCUAUACAAAUUAAAAAAAAAAAAAUGUACAGACCAUUUUAAUCAAUAUCAUUACAUUCCCAUACAUUUGUCAACAUCCAUGUUCUGAAUUUAUUAUCAUAUGCAUAGCAACAAUUGUCAUGUAUUCGAGUCAAAUAAAAAAACAAAAUUUUCGGUGCACUAACAAUCGUUUAAUUUAUAGCAUGCACCUAUUUCCAUUUAUCUGUAAACCUUCAGAGACAAAUCUUUUCAUACGAAAAACAUAUGCCAAAUACACAUGUUGUAAGUAGAUUUUGAUAAACUAUCACAAAAAAGUUACGCAACUCGGAUCGUACACGUGACACGGCCACAAGGAGUUUUUUUUUUACGAUUGGACUUGUUAAUUUAUCAAUUUGUGAUGUAUUAAUUUGUCCUAAAUAGUAUUCGUGUUAUGAAUAUCAACCAUUCACAUUAAGAAGAAACUUUAUUAUUUGUCAUAUAACAAAUUACCAUGCAUUCACUUUAGCAGUUUUAUCGUGCAGAUAACGUGACUGAAAAGUUACGAUUUGUAACAAUUUUUGAUAUUUAUUAUAACACAUUUUUAACUUACAUAUUACUUUAAAGUGGUUUGUUAUUUGUUGUAGUAUUAUUUUAAAUAACCACCAAGUUCUAUAAUUAUCAAAUGUUCGAUUGUUAUAAUUACCUAUUUCGUUAUUUACAUUUAAUUUCUGUGAUGGUGAAAAUUGCAUUUUAUUUUAGCUACCUAUGCCUAUUUAUCUGUUUGGAAGCUGUAUUCGAGGUUUCACUUUGACAAGUGUAAAGAACUCCUCACUAUGGUACUGAACACGUCCUUCUUAGAUCGAAAUUUGAG